AUGCCGAGACCACCGACAUCCCCUUCACCUCCGCUUACGAGCUUUCCCUUCACGUCGGGUAGCUUUGACUUCCCUCCAUCAACUUCUCCACCACCCGCCUCUCGAUCAAGAGGUACCGCCACUUCGGGCGUCGACCAGCUUACAAGUUUCCUAAGCCGGCGACAGCAAGAGCGAGACCAGCGAGCGAUAGCCGAGCCGGGGGGCAUGAUACGGCAAAGACAGCCACGGACAGAGGCUACCAGACGCCGCCAACCAAACCGACCUAUUCCGCGGCAUGCGGAGAGAGAGCCCUCGUUACUACAAAGGGCUGCUCCAUCGUCGACUGCAAACCGCCCGCGGGCCAUGCCAAGCGAACGCUACCUUCGCCGCUCACACACUCGCCUCAGAGAGCAGCGCCUCUCCGCCAUGGACUCUGCAGUCGACGUCUUGGACUCACUGAGCGAUAUUCCGCUCAAUCCGUUCCAUACCGCAAACCUGAACCGCCGGGAGCGCAGUCCUACAGACGAGCUCGACGGCCAGCGCAGGCAGACAAAGAGACGGAAGCUGCAUCACACCGACAAUCUGUCAUCUGAAUACGAUGGCUUCAAGUACGGUUACAAAGGCCAAGUGGUCCCCGGCCGACUGAAGAUGGAGAUAGUGAGCUGUGAUGGCGGCGAGUUUGAGAGAUAUUCGCGCAAGUACAAGGUGCAGAAUGUGUUGGACGACAAUAGAGAAGUGUAUUGCAGUGAGAGUCCGAAGUGCAAUCUGCUGCUGAAGCAUAUUGGGGAAACACCCUUCUGCUUGGAAAAGGUGGUUAUCAGAGCGCCGAAUCGAGGUUUCACGGCUCCUGUCCAGGAAGGCUUGGUCUUCGUGUCCAUGUCACCCGACGAUCUCAUUUCUGGCACUGAAGCCUAUCAGAUCGAGUACUCUUCACGCACACCCGCCCUGUCUCCAACUCCAAGUGCUCCAGAGGACCAAUUACUGUCGCUACGCGAGGCGGUAGAGGACCCCCAAAUCUGGGAACAGUCUCGUCAAGGGAUGGAAGAGCAAAUUGAGCGCUUGAGAUUACGCAGCCGUCGAAUGCAGAUGGAGACGUCGAUCCGCGCGGAGCGAGACCACCAAAGGGAGGAGCAAGGCGGUGCCGAAGAUGAGGAUGACGUGUUUGCCGAGUACUGUCCCUAUCAUAUUGACGAGCCUGAUGCCGCUGCUCCCGGGGUUUCUGCGCCGACACCACCUCCGUAUACUGUUACGACGGAGAGCGGUGGCGAGCAAUCGGAUGAAAACGAAGAAUUACCGAACGUUGCUGCAAUGGCUGCCCGAUGGCGACGCCAGAGCCGCUGGCGACCGGAAACCGAAGAUGACGGAGAUGACCUGCUAUCGCGCUUGCCUUCGCUCCGACGGGCGCCUCCUCUGCACCUCAUAGAGGACUACAGCGACCGCCCAUGGAUGGUUGGACGCUAUCUUGAUGCCGGUCGACCGCGACGUCUCCACGCACCUAGUCGGAUCGAGCCGAAGGAGAGUGAUGGGAGUUCUGAGGAUCUGCUUGAACCUCACGCCCGUUUCUUCAUCGCCCGGCACAAGAAUAAGAUAACGAUUAAAUUCCAUCCUGCCGUGUCAGGGAAGUACGUCUUACUCAAGCUGUGGAGCCCCACGCAUGACGGCAACAUCGACAUUGAGAGUGUACAGUUCUACGGAUACUCUGGUCCUAGAUUCUUCCCAGCCGUGCAGCCUUGCUAG